AUGACAUCAACAGAUAAGCUUCAUAUUUUAGUCGUAGGUUCCGGAGGCCGAGAGCAUGCAAUUGCCUGGAAGCUCUCUCAUUCGCCUCGAGUAGAACGAAUUUAUGUAGCACCAGGAAAUGGAGGCACAGAAUCCGGAAUUGAUAAAGUGUUUAAUAUCAACAUUAGUGUUAGUGACUUUGGUUCUUUAACCAAAUUUGCAAAGGAAAAUAACAUCAAUUUGGUUAUACCAGGACCCGAACAACCACUAGUUGAAGGAAUCGAAUUAGCCUUUAAAAAGAUUGGAGUAUCAUGUUUCGGACCAUCACCUAAAGCUUCGAUGAUGGAAGGAUCGAAAACUUUUGCAAAGGAUUUCAUGAAAAAGCACAAAAUUCCAACUGCGACUUAUGAGGCUUCGGGUCUUGCUGGCGGUAAAGGAGUCAUAAUUCCGACUAAUAAUCAAGAAGCAUUGAAUGCACUGAAAAAAAUAAUGGUUGAUAAAGAAUUUGGAUCAGCGGGCGAUGAAGUUGUUAUUGAAGAAUUUCUUGAAGGUCAAGAAUUGAGUGUAUUGGCAUUCUCGGAUGGUUAUACCAUUAUCCCUCUUCCACCUGCUCAGGAUCAUAAGCGUAUUUUUGAUGGUGAUCAAGGACCAAAUACCGGUGGGAUGGGAUGUUAUUGUCCAACACCGAUCGCCACUCCUGAACUUAUCGCCCAAAUUCAGAAUACGAUCUUACAACCUACUAUUGAUGGCAUGCGACACGAUGGGUUUCCUUUUGUUGGCAUGCUGUUUACUGGAAUCAUGAUAACGAAUUCUGGACCUAGAGUGUUGGAAUAUAAUAUACGAUUUGGAGAUCCAGAGACUGAAGUUGCUUUACCACUUUUAAGUGAUAAAUCAGAUUUGGCAGACAUAAUUCUGGCUUGUGUUGAGAGACGGUUGGAUUCAGUGCAUAUUGAAACUAAACCAGGAUUUGCGGCAACCGUAAUUGCCGCUUCUGGUGGAUAUCCCGGAAGUUAUUCGAAAGGAAAAAAUAUUAGUUUUAAUAAUAUUCCUUCUGACACAUUAAUUUUUCAUGCGGGUACUAGUAUCAAAGAUGGAAAGCUUGUUACAUCUGGUGGUCGUGUGCUUGCGGUAACCGGUAUAGCACCUACAUUAAGAAAUGCGGUUGAUAAAGCAUAUGAAUGCAUCAAGAAUAUCAGUUUUGAUAAUAUGUAUUUCAGAAAAGAUAUUGCUCACCGCGCCUUUACUUAUUUAUCCAACCAAUUUGAGAAGGAUAAUGUUAUGACCUACGUUUCUGCCGGUGUUUCGAUUGAUUCUGGCAAUUCUCUUGUUCAAAAAAUCAAACCAUAUUUGAAAAGCACUAAACGCUCAGGUUCUGAUUGUGAAAUUGGAGGCUUUGGUGGAUUAUUUGAUUUGAAGACAGCUGGAUUUGAUGAUCCGAUUUUAGUAUCGACCACAGACGGUGUGGGAACCAAAUUAAAAAUUGCUCAGGCUAUGAAUUUACAUGAUACUAUCGGCGCAGAGCCUUUAUUUUUCCUUGAUUAUUAUGCAUGCGGUAAAUUAGAAGUUGAUGUCGCACAAACUGUAGUGAAAAGCAUCGCUGCUGGAUGUUGUGAAUCUGGAUGCGCUUUACUUGGCGGUGAAACUUCGGAGAUGCCCGGCGUUUACAAUCAUGGUGAAUACGAUUUGGCAGGAUUCGCAGUGGGAGCUGUAGAACGAGGAAAUGUUCUUCCACGUAUAUCAGAUAUAAAAGUUGAUGAUGUUCUCAUAGGAAUUUCAUCAUCAGGCAUACAUUCAAAUGGAUUUUCAUUGGUUCGUAAAAUCAUCGAUAAGCACAAUUUUGAAUAUAAAUCGCCAUGUCCAUGGAAUUCAACAAUUUCUUUAGGUGAAAGUCUUCUCAUUCCAACAAAGAUUUAUGUCAAACAGUUGUUGCCUGUUGUCAAAAAGGGGCUUGUAAAAGCAAUGGCACAUAUUACUGGAGGGGGUUUUAUAGAUAAUAUACCAAGAAUUUUACCAAAAGAUAUUGGAGUUAUCAUAGAUUCGAAUGCUUGGGAAUUGCCGAAAGUAUUUAAAUGGUUGAAAGAAAAUGGAAACAUCCCUUCAGACGAUUUAUUCAGAACAUUUAAUUGUGGAAUUGGAAUGGUUUUAAUAGUGUCAUGUGAUGAUGAAAUCAAAGUUAAAAAAUUACUUGAAGAAUAUGAAUCCGAUGUUUGUACAAUUGGAAGAGUUGUAACUAAACAAGCGAAUAAUGAUAAACACGUAGUCAUUAAAGGAAUUUAA